AAUGUUGGUACUUUAGUUAAAUGAUUAAAUGACGUUUUAAGGAAAAAGAAAAAAUUGGUUGAUAAAAGCUGAUAAAAGUUCAAUAAAGAUUUUUUUUAUCAAAAAUAGUGAGGAUAGUGCAUAAGAUUUUAAAAUGUUCAGUAUGCGCCUAAAGAUAGGUUCAAUACGAAACAAUGAAUGGAGGAGCUGCUUUUGUUUACAUGUACGAACAGCCACUAUAGCUUUUGGGGUAUGGCAUUUGGUUUUACAUAUACUAGCUUUGGCAGUUUUGGCUUUGGUCAUGAGAAACCAUAGUUAUUUUAUUCAAAAACAAGUUCAUUUUGAAGAAAAUGAUUUUUUGCCUACUCCCUUAAGUAAGGUUAAAGAUGACGAUCCUUAUUUUCUACCAACAACCCAGGAUGGCAGACCUAUUUUACCUUCUGAUGUUGACAUGGGAGCCAUUUUAACAAUUUGUACCUUGUCUAUCACUCUUCUUAUGGUAUAUGGAGCUAUCAAAGGAAAACCCAAGCAAGUUUUACCAUUUUUCUUCCUCCAAUUGUUUGAUUUUGCAAUUACAACAUUAACAGCAACUGGAUACUUUUGUUAUCUGCGUUCGGUUCAUCGCUUGGUAGCUGAAACCUGGCAUAAUUUACCGUUUCGUCAGGAGCUCCUUUCCCUUAGUCCACAAACAUUGUCGUUAUUAGUGUUGGUAACAUUUUUGGUAGCUAUGGUGUGGAAAGCUUAUUGGAUAGGUGUAGUCUGGCGUUGUUAUAAAUACCUCGCCUUAAAGCAGCAAGCUACCCAUAAUACAAUUCAUUACAUUUUGCCUACUGUAGAUUCUGACCGUAACGAUCCUGAUUUUAGCUCUCUGUUUCGCGAUAGUGACACAGCAUUUUUUGGUCCUUUAAAACAGACACCACCACCAUCUUAUCAGGAUGUAAUGGAUGAGCAACCACCGCCAUAUCCUGCAAGCACUACUACUACUACCAUAGUUCAAGAGGUACCAGCACAACGCUUUUUGUUUACUUACACUCCUGAAAAUGGCCAACAUGACGAAACUGCAGUUUCGACAGAAUCAGCUACACCGCGCUCUGAAAUAAUUUUGGAAAAUAACGAAGAAGUUCCUAUUGCUUCUACUUCGUCUACUGACAUUACAUCCAUAAAGGAACAGGAUAAAUUUGCCAAAAUUGAUAACACUACUAACACCAUUGUCGAAGUUGCUCAGGAACUUAAGAAUGGUGAGCCUUUAGCUCAAACAUCGGUUCUUAGAUCUGAGUUUUCUUAAAGGGUAGCAAUGCGAACAGAAGUAACUUCUUUAUGUAGUACAAAAUUGUCCAUUCCAGUUAUGUAAAACAUAUAUGCAAAAUCCAGUAUUUGGCAUAUCCAUAUUUUCUAUGUAAGAAUUGGGAUCUAAGUCACAUCUUUUGAAUGCUGUGAAAAGAAAAUGGAGAGUUAUUUAUCAAUAAAUUGUAAAAUUGUUUAUCAAUUAAUUUGCCUGUAGUUUGAAAUGAAAAAAAGAUAAGACUGAGUGAAGAAAAAUAAAGAAUUAAGAGUGAUACACAUUUAAAUAAUAUAAAAGCUCUGUCUAUAUAUGUUUAUGUAUAUAUUUUUUCAAUUGCAUUAUUUGUGAUGAAGUUAUUUCUACUGGCCUAUAAUAAUUUCUCUUUCCUAUACUAUUUUCUUUUUAAAUAUGGAUUUAUUAAAUUGUGACAGUUUUUGUGGCUCUUCUUUAUUAAAAUGUUACAAUUUAAAAGGUUUGUGGUAUAUUAGUAAUACAGUGGAAGCUAAGCGAACUUAAAAAUAAUUAAAGAUAUAACGGAUC